AUGUUGCUCAUUUUGGCCCUAAGCGUGUUGGGGCUUCAGUCUAGGUUCUCCCGCGCCUUCAGAGGAGCUGAGCCCACCUCGCUGCCGCACAGGGUCCGGAGUGGCUCCACCGCGGGCAGAGCCGGCCUGAGGUGGCGGAUAACUGACGAGGCUGCAGGCUCGGCGGGGGAUUGCUUCUGUCUGGGGCCCGCCGAGGCUGCGUUCGUGCCUCGCGCGCACCCGCACCGCGUCCGCCCAGCCAAUCCCGCGCUACUCGCGCGCCCAAGAACGUUCCUCAGUCCCACUCAGGCUGGGCCGGCUCCUUCCCGCUCCCCGCACUCUGCAGCCGAGCUCGCACUCCUCCCCUCACUCUCCACGAGUUGCACGCCUCGGGGUGUAGCUCCGCCCCUGUCCCCGAGUCCGCCCCCGCAACCUCCAGAGCGUGUGCUCCCUUUCCCCCUCAGUCUCUUGCCAUCCAGGCGUCUCGGGUCUCACUCGGCAGAGCCUCUGGGUCUCGCCGGCCUUGCCCCGCCGCCUCCGCGUUCCGUCUUCCGCGAGGCCGCCGUUUCUCCCACCCUAGAAUCGCUUCCUCCCGGCCGGACUCGGGGUCGCGCGGCCCGACUCCGCCCCCUCCGCGGACCCGCGCGCUCCUGGCGCGGCCUCUCCCCCCCUACGCAGGCCACUGGGCGCUCGGCCCCCUCCUUCCCGCUCGCCUCGCGCUCCCCGGGCGCCCUCGCUCUCGCGCUCUCCAAGGCAAGCGCGCUCCCGGCCGGCGCGCUCCGGGCUCCGGCUUCUCCCGGCUCCUGUCAGUGCGGUGACUGCGCUGGGAAACAUGGCGACCGAGGGAAUGAUCCUCACAAACCACGACCAUCAAAUCCGUGUCGGAGUCCUCACAGUGAGUGAUAGCUGCUUCAGGAAUCUUGCAGAAGACCGCAGUGGGAUAAAUCUAAAAGAUCUCGUCCAGGAUCCUUCUUUGUGAGUAUUUGGUUUUUAUCAUCAAGUAUAAUUUAAAACUUUAUUUUUGUAUUUACUUAAAAAACAGUUUUCACAGCUAAUUUUUAAAUUUUUCUGGUAAUUUUUUAAAAUUUAGUGAAGACUAAUGCCAUAUAUAUGUAAUAUUUAUAUUUAUAUGAAAAAAUUUAGAAAACUUUAGAAAAGAUGGUGUCAUUCUUAAAGGUUGAUUUUUCAAAAACACUCAUAACUGGUAACAGCAAUGUGGCAGUAGAUAGUGGUCAAACGAACUACUUACUAAUUGAUUUGUUUGGGGAGAUGAGAGUAAAUUUGCUUACAUCAAUUUUAAGUUUCUUCCAAUAUCUUAUGAAUGAUAACUGUUCU